AACCAGCAGAAGCUACCUCUAGCUAGAGGUACCACAACCCAACACAAAAUAACACAACACUCGCCAAACAAAUAUACCAAACAAUGAUUCCUUCUGUGAUCUACGUCCCUCGCUUUGCAGAUGCUUGCCGCCACGAUGAGUCUGACGACGACAGCAGUAUCUCCUCGAAUGCUACCCCUCUCUCGUCUUGUCAGGUUGUUCCUUUCGGAAAUGACGCUGCAUCCAGAUGGACCGGAUCAGGCGACUGCAGCUGCUCUGGAUUGCCUACCAUGCCCAAACGAUCUCCACAGCAGCAGCAGCAGAAGAUUCCAGCCACAAGAUUCCAGUUCAGCAGAGAAAUGUCAGCCAGAAGAUUCUGCUGCGAUGACACUGCAUCGACCAGCUCCAAGCGUUUCGCACCCAGGCUUCCACCUCGCAGGAAUUCCAGGAGCUGUGGUUCCUCUUCGUGCAAGUCUUCAUUGACCCACAAUGUCACCGUGCUUUCCGCAACAACAUCCCUUCAGAGAUGCAAUGCUACUGCGGCCUAAAGAAAGAAUGGCCAAGGGAUCGGGGAUCAGGGGUUAUCCUAUACUUUAAACUAAGAACGAUAUUACUAAAGGCAAAGCAAGAAUACAUCAGUGCUUCUGUAGAUAGAAACAAGCGUUGUAUAGCAGGC